AUGAGCUCUGAUGCUGAGAUGGCUGUUUUUGGGGAGGCUGCUCCUUACCUCCGAAAGUCUGAAAAGGAGCGCAUUGAGGCCCAGAAUAGGCCCUUUGAUGCUAAGACAUCUGUCUUUGUGGUAGAUGCUAAAGAGUCUUUUGUAAAAGGGACUAUUCAGAGCAGAGAAACUGGAAAAGUAACUGUGAAGACUGAAGCAGGAGCUACAGUGACAGUAAAAGAUGAUCAAAUUUACCCCAUGAAUCCUCCCAAAUAUGACAAGAUUGAGGACAUGGCUAUGAUGACUCACCUGCACGAACCUGCUGUACUGUAUAACCUCAAAGAGCGUUAUGCAGCCUGGAUGAUCUAUACCUACUCAGGCCUCUUCUGUGUCACAGUCAAUCCUUACAAGUGGCUGCCAGUGUAUAAUCCUGAGGUGGUGAGUGCUUACAGAGGCAAAAAGCGCCAGGAGGCUCCACCCCACAUCUUCUCCAUCUCUGACAAUGCCUAUCAGUUCAUGCUGACUGAUCGAGAAAAUCAGUCAAUCCUGAUUACUGGAGAAUCUGGUGCAGGGAAGACUGUAAACACCAAGCGUGUCAUCCAGUACUUUGCAACAAUUGCAGUUACUGGGGAUAAGAAGAAGGAGGAGGCUCCCUCUGGCAAAAUGCAGGGGACUCUGGAAGAUCAAAUUAUUAGUGCCAAUCCUCUACUGGAAGCCUUUGGCAAUGCCAAGACUGUGAGGAAUGACAACUCCUCUCGUUUUGGUAAAUUUAUCAGAAUCCAUUUUGGUACUACAGGAAAAUUGGCUUCUGCUGAUAUUGAAACAUAUUUAUUAGAGAAAUCUCGAGUUACUUUUCAGCUUAAGGCUGAAAGGAGCUAUCAUAUUUUUUAUCAGAUUACAUCAAACAAGAAACCAGAGUUAAUUGAAAUGCUGCUAAUUACAACCAACCCAUAUGAUUAUCCUUUUAUUAGUCAAGGAGAAAUCAGUGUGGCUAGCAUUGAUGAUCAAGAAGAAUUGAUGGCCACAGAUAGUGCUAUUGAUAUUUUGGGUUUUAGUAAUGAUGAAAAAGUCUCCAUUUACAAGCUUACUGGGGCUGUGAUGCACUACGGGAAUAUGAAAUUCAAGCAAAAGCAGCGUGAAGAACAAGCAGAGCCAGAUGGCACUGAAGUUGCUGAUAAGGCAGCCUAUCUCCAGAGUUUGAACUCUGCUGAUCUACUUAAAGCCCUUUGCUACCCUAGGGUCAAGGUCGGCAAUGAGUAUGUCACUAAAGGCCAAACUGUGGAGCAGGUGACUAACUCAGUGGGUGCUCUGGCCAAAGCCAUGUAUGAGAAAAUGUUCCUCUGGAUGGUCACCCGUAUUAACCAGCAGCUGGACACCAAACAACCCAGGCAAUAUUUUAUCGGGGUCUUGGACAUCGCAGGCUUUGAAAUUUUUGAUUUCAACAGCCUGGAGCAGCUGUGCAUCAACUUCACCAACGAGAAAUUGCAACAGUUUUUCAAUCACCACAUGUUUGUGCUAGAACAGGAAGAGUACAAAAAGGAAGGCAUUGAAUGGGAGUUCAUUGACUUUGGGAUGGACCUGGCUGCCUGCAUUGAGCUCAUUGAGAAGCCUAUGGGCAUAUUCUCCAUCCUGGAAGAGGAGUGUAUGUUCCCCAAGGCCACAGACACCUCGUUCAAGAACAAGUUAUAUGAGCAGCACCUUGGAAAGUCGGCCAAUUUCCAGAAGCCCAAGGUUGUUAAAGGCAAGGCUGAGGCCCACUUUUCACUUGUCCACUAUGCUGGCACUGUGGACUACAACAUUACUGGUUGGCUUGACAAGAACAAGGACCCAUUGAAUGAGACUGUUGUUGGACUGUACCAGAAGUCUUCAAUGAAGACUCUGGCAUACCUUUUCUCUGGGGCUCAAACAGCUGAAGCAGAGGCAAGUAGUGGUGGAACUGCCAAGAAAGGUGCUAAGAAGAAAGGGUCUUCUUUCCAGACAGUUUCUGCCCUUUUCAGAGAGAAUUUGAAUAAGCUAAUGACUAACCUCAGAAGUACUCAUCCUCAUUUCGUGCGUUGUAUCAUCCCAAAUGAAACAAAAACUCCUGGGGCCAUGGAACAUGAACUUGUCCUGCACCAGCUGAGAUGUAAUGGAGUGCUGGAAGGCAUCCGCAUAUGCAGGAAGGGAUUCCCAAGCAGAAUCCUUUAUGCAGACUUUAAACAAAGAUACAAGGUUUUAAAUGCUAGUGCAAUUCCUGAAGGACAAUUCAUUGAUAGCAAGAAAGCUUCUGAGAAGCUCCUUGGGUCCAUUGACAUUGACCACACCCAGUAUAAAUUUGGUCAUACAAAGGUCUUUUUCAAAGCUGGUCUUCUGGGGCUUCUAGAGGAGAUGCGAGAUGAUAAGUUAGCUCAACUAAUUACCCGAACCCAAGCCAUGUGCAGAGGAUUCUUGGCAAGACAGGAGUACCAGAAGAUGGUGGAAAGAAGGGAAUCUGUCUUCUGUAUCCAAUAUAAUAUCCGUGCCUUUAUGAAUGUCAAGCACUGGCCCUGGAUGAAAUUGUUCUUCAAAAUUAAGCCUCUACUAAAAAGUGCAGAAACUGAGAAGGAAAUGGCCAACAUGAAAGAAGAAUUUCAAAAAACAAAAGAUGAGCUUGCCAAGUCAGAGUCCAAACGGAAGGAAUUAGAAGAAAAGAUGGUAUCAUUGUUGAAAGAAAAAAAUGACUUGCAGCUUCAAGUACAGGCUGAAGCUGAGGGUUUGGCUGAUGCAGAAGAAAGAUGUGACCAGCUGAUCAAAACAAAAAUCCAACUAGAGGCCAAAAUUAAAGAAGUUACAGAGAGAGCUGAGGAUGAGGAAGAAAUCAAUGCUGAACUGACAGCCAAAAAGAGGAAAUUGGAAGAUGAAUGCUCAGAAUUGAAGAAAGACAUAGAUGAUCUGGAACUAACAUUGGCUAAGGUGGAAAAGGAAAAGCAUGCCACAGAGAACAAGGUGAAAAAUCUUACAGAAGAAAUGGCAGGUCUAGAUGAAACCAUUGCAAAACUGACCAAGGAGAAGAAGGCUCUCCAAGAGGCGCACCAGCAGACCCUGGAUGACUUGCAGGCAGAAGAGGACAAAGUCAACACUCUGACCAAAGCUAAAAUCAAGCUAGAGCAGCAAGUAGAUGAUCUUGAGGGUUCCUUGGAGCAAGAAAAGAAACUUCGCAUGGACCUAGAAAGGGCAAAGAGAAAACUUGAGGGGGACCUCAAGUUGGCCCAAGAGUCCAUAAUGGACAUUGAAAAUGAAAAACAACAGUUUGAUGAAAGGCUCAAGAAGAAAGAAUUUGAAAUCGGCAAUCUGCAAAACAAGAUUGAAGAUGAACAAGCCCUUGGCAUUCAACUACAGAAGAAAAUCAAAGAGUUGCAAGCCCGCAUAGAGGAGUUGGAGGAGGAAAUUGAGGCAGAGAGGGCUUCCAGGGCUAAAGCCGAGAAGCAGCGCUCCGACCUCUCACGGGAACUGGAGGAGAUCAGUGAGCGACUGGAAGAGGCUGGAGGGGCAACUUCAGCCCAGAUUGAGAUGAACAAGAAGCGGGAAGCUGAGUUCCAGAAAAUGCGCAGGGACCUGGAGGAAGCAACCCUGCAACAUGAGGCCACUGCAGCCACCUUGAGAAAGAAGCAUGCGGACAGUGUGGCUGAGCUUGGGGAGCAGAUAGACAACCUGCAGAGGGUCAAACAGAAACUGGAGAAGGAGAAGAGUGAGAUGAAGAUGGAGAUUGAUGACCUUGCUAGUAAUGUAGAUACUGUCUCUAAAGCUAAGGCUAACUUAGAGAAAAUGUGUCGCACUCUAGAGGACCAAGUGAGUGAACUGAAAUCAAAAGAAGAAGAGCAGCAGCGACUGAUAAAUGACCUGACAACCCAGAGGGGCCGCUUGCAAACUGAAUCCGGUGAAUUUUCACGCCAGUUAGAUGAAAAAGAGGCUUUGGUGUCUCAGUUAUCAAGGGGCAAGCAAGCAUUUACUCAACAGAUCGAGGAAAUAAAAAGGCAACUUGAAGAAGAGACAAAGGCCAAGAAUGCCUUGGCUCAUGCCCUGCAGUCUUCCCGCCAUGACUGUGACCUAUUGCGGGAACAGUAUGAGGAGGAACAGGAAUCCAAGGCUGAGUUGCAAAGGGCAUUAUCAAAAGCCAACAGUGAAGUUGCCCAGUGGAGGACCAAGUAUGAGACAGAUGCCAUUCAACGUACAGAGGAGCUAGAAGAAGCCAAGAAGAAGUUGGCCCAACGUCUGCAAGCUGCAGAGGAACAUGUAGAAGCUGUGAAUGCCAAAUGUGCUUCCCUAGAGAAAACAAAGCAGAGGCUUCAGAAUGAAGUGGAGGAUCUCAUGCUGGAUGUGGAAAGAACAAAUGCAGCCUGUGCAGCCCUGGAUAAAAAACAAAGGAACUUUGACAAGAUCCUUGCAGAAUGGAAACAGAAAUAUGAGGAAACCCAUGCUGAACUUGAGGCCUCGCAGAAGGAGGCCCGAUCUCUAGGAACUGAGUUAUUCAAGAUGAAGAAUGCCUAUGAGGAAUCUUUGGAUCAUUUAGAAACUUUAAAACGUGAAAACAAAAACUUGCAGCAGGAGAUUUCAGACCUCACUGAGCAGAUUGCAGAAGGAGGUAAAAGGAUCCAUGAAUUAGAGAAAAUAAAGAAACAAGUGGAACAAGAAAAGUCUGAACUCCAGACUGCUUUAGAGGAAGCAGAGGCCUCUCUUGAACAUGAAGAGGGAAAGAUUCUGCGCAUCCAGCUGGAGUUGAACCAAGUCAAGUCAGAAAUUGAUCGGAAAAUCGCUGAGAAGGAUGAAGAAAUUGAUCAGCUAAAGAGAAACCACAUUAGAGUGGUGGAGUCUAUGCAGAGCACACUGGAUGCUGAGAUCAGGAGCAGGAAUGAUGCCAUCAGGAUUAAGAAGAAGAUGGAGGGAGACCUCAAUGAAAUGGAAAUUCAGUUGAAUCACUCUAACCGCAUGGCUGCAGAGGCCCUAAGGAACUACAGGAAUACCCAAGGCAUCCUCAAGGACACACAGAUCCACCUGGAUGAUGCUCUCCGGGGCCAGGAGGACCUAAAGGAACAAUUGGCCAUGGUAGAGCGUAGAGCUAACCUGCUUCAGGCUGAAAUUGAGGAGCUGCGGGCCACCUUGGAACAAACGGAGAGGAGCAGGAAAAUUGCAGAACAAGAACUCUUGGAUGCCAGUGAGCGGGUCCAGCUUUUACACACCCAAAACACUAGCCUGAUCAAUACCAAGAAGAAGCUAGAGACAGAUAUUUCCCAAAUUCAAGGAGAAAUGGAAGACAUUGUCCAGGAAGCCCGCAAUGCAGAAGAAAAGGCCAAGAAGGCCAUCACUGAUGCUGCCAUGAUGGCUGAGGAGCUGAAGAAGGAGCAGGAUACUAGUGCCCAUCUGGAGCGGAUGAAGAAGAACAUGGAGCAGACAGUUAAGGACCUACAGCUCCGAUUGGAUGAGGCUGAGCAAUUGGCCCUGAAGGGUGGGAAGAAGCAGAUCCAGAAACUGGAGGCCAGGGUACGUGAGCUGGAAGGAGAGGUUGAAAGUGAGCAAAAGCGUAAUGUUGAAGCUGUCAAAGGUCUUCGUAAACAUGAAAGAAGAGUGAAGGAACUUACUUAUCAGACUGAAGAAGAUCGGAAAAAUAUCGUCAGACUUCAGGAUUUGGUAGAUAAACUUCAGGCUAAAGUGAAAUCUUACAAAAGACAAGCUGAGGAGGCUGAGGAACAGUCCAACACAAACUUAUCUAAAUUCCGCAAGAUACAGCAUGAACUGGAAGAGGCUGAGGAAAGGGCAGACAUUGCUGAGUCCCAAGUCAACAAAUUACGAGUGAAGAGCCGAGAGGUUCAUACGAAGAUUAUGAGUGAAUAA